AUGGAGGCUUUGAAUGACAGCAGGGUGACAGAAUUUUUUCUCACUGGCCUAUCUCACACACGGGAGGUGCAGCUGCUCCUAUUUGUUGUAUUUCUCUCUUUCUACCUAUUCAUACUUCUGGGAAAUACACUUAUUAUUUGUACCAUCAGACUUGAUCCCCAACUGACUUCUCCCAUGUAUUUCCUGCUGGCUAAUCUGGCCUUCCUUGAUAUUUGGUACUCCUCCAUCACAGUGCCUAAAAUGCUUGUAUACUUCUUUGCAGAAAGGAAAAUAAUUUCCUUCCAUGGGUGCAUUGCUCAGCUCUUCUUCCUGCACUUUGUCAGGGCAUCUGAGAUGUUCCUGCUCAGAGUGAUGGCCUUUGACUGCUAUGCUGCUAUCUGCAACCCUCUCCACUAUGCAACCAUCAUGAAUCGACAUCUCUACUGUGUCUUGGUGGCUCUUUCCUGGACAGGGGGCUUCAUUCAUUCCAUAAUACAAGUGGGUCUUAUUGUUUGACUCCCCUUCUGUGGACCCAAUGAAUUAGAUAAUUAUUUCUGUGACAUCAUACAGGUUGUCUGGAUUGCCUGUGCCAACACCUUUGCAGAGGAAUUAGUGAUGAUCUUAAGCAGUGGGCUGAUCUCCGUGGUGUGAUACAUUGCUCUGUUAAUGUCCUAUGCCUUCCUUCUGGCCAUGCUCAGGAAACACUCAAGCUCAGGUGAGAGUACCAGCAGGGCCGUGUCCACCUGCAAUUCCCAUAUCACCAUAGUGGUGCUAAUGUUUGGACCGCCCAUCUACAUUUACGCACCAUUUGACUCAUUUUCCCUAGAUAAAGUGGUAUCUGUAUUCCAUACAGUAAUAUUCCCUUUACUUAAUCCUGUCAUCUAUAUGCUACGAAAGAAGGAAGUAAAGGCAGCCAUGCAGAAGUUGGUGAACUGA